CCCCGGGCUGUCGGGCGCCGCCCUCCGCCCCGCCCCGCCCGCCCGGGGGCGCCGCGGCCCGGGGGGGUGAAGGGGGGCCCGCGCCUGAGGGGAGGGGAAGGGAAGGGGGGGGGGAACGGGGAAGGGGGGCGGCCCCGGCUGCUGCGCUCGCGGCCGGUCACGAGACGGCGCCCCACGUGACGCCGCGGCUCCGGCGGGGCGGGCGCCUCGCUGAGGGGAGCGAGAGCGGGGCGGGAGGGGCUGCCUUAAAGGGGCCGCGCGGGGGAGCGGCGCGGGAGCAGCGUGGGGCGGUGAGGGAGGGGGCGGGGAAAGCUGGCGGCUCAGGGCUGACGGGAGGGUGAGGAGAGCGAGGGGUGCCGCGCUGUCCCCGAUGGAAACUGCCCGUGGCUUCACCGGCGGGCAGCCCUGCGUCCAAAACCGAAGUUCUCAGCACUUUGUUCAGGCCACAUGCUGAAAGGCUCUUCCCUGUCUUUUGUUGUCCUCACAGCUCUGCCCUCUGCUCUGCGCCUUUGUCCUGUGAGCACCUGAUCUGUGUCCCGUGGUGUCAAGGUCCCGCAGGCUGCCCCUUCGCACAGGCACUGGCAGGCCUCGAAAUGAGGUGCUGAGAAGGGGAAGCCCAGGGCCCAGGCAGCCUUGCAUGAGGGUGCCCAGAUCCAUCCCUGCCCUGUUUCCCCCUCCGGCCCUGCCCAGUGUCACCGCUGAUGCUCUGUGCGGUGGGAGGCUUCCACAAGAAAUCUACAGCCCAAUGCGACACAGGGCUUCUUCGUCUGGGGAAAGGCACUUCCCUAUAACAAACACUGAGUGGUGGUGAGAAAUCCCCCUUUUGAAGAAGUGAGAUUUGGGAAAGUGGGGAAGAGCCAGCAGGCAGAAGGGAAACCACAAGAGCCACCUCUGGCCCAUCAGGGCCAUGGCCAGAGGACAGUGGAAUGUGGUGUAAAAUGCCUUGGAUGGAGCAAAACCUUUCUUCAGGACAAGAGGUUUACAGACUCACAAAGUCAAUACCUGAGGUCCGGCCUUGCCUAGGUUGGGGCCAUGUCCCAGCUGUGCAGGGAGGCCCCUUCGGACUGCACCUUCUGUGCAGCUGAGGCUUUGCCAUGGUACGCUGCAACCUGCAUUAGGAGCGCUACAAUUACGGGCAAAACUGAGAAAUCGCAGUGGACAAGGGCUAGCGGCCAUAGCAAGUGAAGCGUGGUUCACUGAAGCUGUUUCCUCCUGUGCUGGACUGUAACCAGAAAUCGGAGAGGGUAUUUGGAUACUUUCUCACUCUUUUGCAAGGCCUCAGAGCGCCAUCCACAGACAACAGGACAUGGGGCUCACGUUCAUGCCAUGCCCCAGAUAACACACAAAAUCCACUGCUCCAGCAGGCAGCAAAAUAAAAAUCUGGCCCAGAAUCUGUUUGCAUUUACCCGUUAUUUGGUUUUGUAAAAUCUUUCUUGUUACCUCCUUACCAAAUAGCAGUCACUGUUGUAACAGCAUCAACUGCAGAAAGUAGGGCUCAGCAUCAGACACCCAGAAAGAGCCUCCACAAAGGAGGCAUCCUGCCUAACUUUUACAUCAAACCACAGGUGUAGCAUAGCCACUGUCCUUGUUGGCUGGCCACAAAGAAGUUGUGUGCUGCCAGUGUCAUGGAUAAUGCACGUUUGGCCUCACAUGAAAGUUCCUCCUUAAAAUCAGUGUGAGAGAACUCUACAGGUUGUAAAUGGCUUGUCGUGUGAGUUCCCUGCAUGGUCAUUCCUGCUGCCACCGUGUAGGAUUACAGGACUGCGGGUCAGAAUGCAAACUGAGAGAAAAUCACAGAAAAUAUGCCUUAAGCUCUUCUACAAUCCAACUCCAAUGGAAAACAAGUCUCAAUCUCACCUGCUUAAAAAGGCAGCUGAACUGAGUAAAUGUCAAAUGUAUCAGAGACACAACUGACAAUAGACCUUGCAAAAUGAAAUUCUUAUGACCUAAGCAGUACUUGGUCUUUAUAAAAAUGUUUUACUGAAAUGAUCAGAUAAAAACACUACUAGGGAGCAGCAUUUCUGCAUUGAGGUUAGGCACCAAUCUGCAAAAGGGACCAAAUCAGAGCCAUGUGAGGCGUGUUUCCAUGGCCCCACAGGAAAUGUCCCAGGCAGGAUGGUUUUUCCUCACACAGGCAUCCUGCUAGAGAAUUUCACGUGCACGUCACACCUGGCUCCCUCUGAAAAUACAGGAGCAAGGCAGAUGUAUUCCAAUCACCCAGCAGCUAGGAGCCCCUUGAGUGGGUUCACAGCAGAUCUGCCGGUUGGUUCCCUGUGAGAAAGGCCUGAAGCAGAUGCCUGACUUUUCAUCCUCCUUCGCUGCAUCUCUGAGCGAAGCCAGGAAAUGAUCUUUGUGUGCAGCCUGCCUUCCUGCCUGGUAACUCCAACAGCCGAUGGAAGUUCUCGUCUGUCGCGCUGGAUUUUCCGGCUCGCUGUAGGCGAGCGGGCGGGAUGGCAGCGGCGGGGACGGGCACGCAGGCGCCUGGGCAGGGAGGUGGCAGUGCUGCGGCAGGCCGGCAGCGCUGAGCAGGGAGGGCCGCUGCCACCUGCCCCCGGGCCGCUGUUCACGGCAUGAGCCAGCGGCAUGGAGCGUCCUUGAAAGCCAAGCAACGUUUGUCUUAAUCUUCUGCAGCGCUGCCAGUGCAAAGGGGCCUAGAUUUAAUUCUUAAAGACAUGGCGAUGUCCAGUUCACUUCUGUGGGCUGUUGACAUAUUUGGGAGGGUUUACACUCUGUCCACUGUUGGCCAGCACUGGGAGCUCUGUAAGGAUACACAGCUGGAAUUCAAACGGGUCUCUGCUGUCAAGCAGUGCUGCUGGGGAAUAGCCUGCGAUCAUCAAGUAUACACCUACGUGUUCUCAGGUGAUGUUCCUAUUAGAUACCAGGAAGAGACCUAUGAGAAUCAGCGCUGGAAUCCAGUUGGUGGCUUUUGUGAGAAAUUAUUGCCCAGUGACCGCUGGCAGUGGAGUGAUGUGAGCGGGCUAAAACAUCAGCAGCUUGAUAGUUUCACACUGCCUUCACCACACUGGGAGUGGGAGUCUGACUGGUAUGUGGAUGAAAAUAUUGGAGGGGAACCAACAGAGAAAGGGGGCUGGACUUACGCCAUAGACUUCCCCAGCACCUACACAAAGGAUAAGAAGUGGAAUUCUUGUGUGAGACGCAGGAGAUGGAUCAGAUACAGGAGAUACAAAUCACGGGAUAUUUGGGCAAAGAUUGUAUCACGGGAUGAUCCGGAUCAGUUGCCAGACCCUUUCAAUGACAUCUCAAUUGGAGGAUGGGAAAUCACUGAUGAGCCUCUUGGCCGUUUAUCAGUGUGGGCGGUUUCUUUGCAAGGAAGGGUGUGGUACAGAGAAAACGUUUGCCAUCACAAUCCAGAAGGUUCCAUGUGGUCCUUAAUCACCACUCCUGGUGAAGUUGUACAGAUCAGCUGUGGACCGUAUGACCUCCUCUGGGCAACUCUUUGGGAAGGGCAAGCUAUUGUGAGAGAAGGAAUUGAUAGGAAUAACCCUCAAGGAAUUUCCUGGAGUACUGUGGAGUCCCCAAACUCUGAAAAUGGGAUUAUGCAUGUCUCUGUGGGUGUUGAUGUGGUGUGGUGUGUUACAAAAGAUCGGAAGGUAUGGUUUAGAAGAGGUGUGAAUUCACAUAAUCCUUGUGGAACAAGCUGGAUUGAAAUGGUUGGAGACAUGAUGAUGGUAAACGUAGGCUUAAAUAAUCAGGUCUGGGGAAUUGGCUGUGAUGACAGAGCAAUCUAUUUUCGCCAAGGUGUGACGCCAAGUGAGCUCAGUGGGAAGACGUGGAAGGCAAUUGUAUGUGGCCGAGAGAGUGACAGGUCUCAGACUGGGAGCUCAACAAGUCUGCUCAGUGCUGGCUGUUUCUUUACUGAUGAUAUUCAGAACCAAACAAACGCAAUCAUUCCCGGUGAUGCAGACACUUCCUCUGACACAGAUCUUCCAAGCAUCCCCACGUACCUUGCCAACACUCCCCCGACGGGAGCUGCAGCCAGCGACAGUGGUAGCAGCACAGGCAACCAGACAGCAGAAAUAUGUGCAAAUUUGACUGUGGAUCCUCUGGACUCUGAUCAAGGAGAAGCCAAUGUUGCUUCGACUGGUCAUAAGAAAUCUAAUCUUGAAAGCCAUAAGUCUACAAACCCAAAUCCUUCUGCAGAACUGCAGUGGACAAACAUUGACUUAAAGGAGGCCCAAAAGCAUCCAGUCCUCUCUGUCAGCACCUUUGCAGAAACAUCCAGCCUGUCUUCCCUUGGCAUGUUCUCGGUGGGAGCUGAGGAGCAGUACGGAGCCGAUGAGCACCCGCUGUGGGCCUGGGUGUCUGGGGGAGGCUGCCUUGUGGAUUUGCACAGCCCACUGAAAUGGUUCACUGUCUCCUCAGGUUUGUCGUCCUCCGUGCAGUCUCUUUCUCUGUCUAUCACUCCAGCACAGACAGCAGCAUGGAGAAAGCAAAUUUUUCAGCAGCUCAGUGAAAGGACAAAGCGGGAGCUGGAGAAUUUCAGGCACUACGAACAGGCUGUUGAGCAGUCAGUUUGGGUUAAAACUGGGAUGUUGCAAUGGUGGAGAAAUUGGAAGCCUCACAAAUGGAUGGAUGUGCGAGUGGCACUUGAGCAGUUCACUGGGAGUGACGGAAUGCGCGACAGCAUCCUGUUCAUCUAUUACAUGUAUCAUGAGGAGAAAAAGUAUAUUCAUGUAUUCCUGAAUGAAGUCACCAUUAUAGUCGAUGUUCUGAAUGAAGCCAAACACUCCUUUGCCCUGUAUACACCCGAAAGGACGAAGCAGCGAUGGCCAAUCCGCCUAGCAGCCACAACAGAACAAGAAAUGAAUGACUGGCUGUCUUUGCUGAACAUGUCCUGUUGUGAAAGCAGACGGAUUCAAGGCCCUCCUUCUCACCAUGCCAUUUGGUCAGUUACUUGUAAAGGAGACAUCUUCGUUAGCGAGCCAAGUCCUGAACUGGAGGCAGGACCACACCUGAUGCCAUGUGAUCAAAUGUUUUGGCGUCAAGUUGGAGGGCAUCUUCGGCUGAUAGAGUGCAAUAACCAAGGCAUAGUGUGGGGCAUAGGAUAUGAUCACACAGCUUGGGUUUAUACUGGUGGAUAUGGAGGUGGCUUCAUCCAAGGACUGGCCAGUAGUGCUGAUAACAUCUAUACACAGUCAGAUGUGAAAUGUGUUUACAUCUAUGAAAACCAACGGUGGAACCCAGUCACUGGAUACAGCAGCAGAGGCCUUCCCACGGACAGAUACAUGUGGAGCGAUGCCUCUGGCCUGCAGGAAUGUACAAAAGUCAAUACCAAGCCUCCUUCACCACAGUGGUCUUGGGUAUCCGACUGGUACAUUGAUUUUAGUACUUCAGGUGGAACGGAUCGGGAAGGCUGGCAGUAUGCAGCAGACUUUCCAGCGUCCUACCAUGGCCACAAGACAAUGAAAGACUUUGUCCGACGGAGGCGCUGGGCAAGAAAAUGUAAGAUAGUCACCAGCGGGCCAUGGCUGGAAGUGCCUCCUGUUACCCUGUGGGACAUCUCCAUAAUUCCCAGUUCAGAUGCGGUUGAUGAAGAAUCAGUAGCACUGUGGGCAAUCAGUGACAAAGGAGACGUGCUCUGCAGACUUGGAGUGACACAGCAAAACCCAGCUGGAACAUCCUGGCUUCACGUGGGAACAGAUCAGCCCUUCAUUUCCAUCUCCAUUGGAGCAUUUUACCAGGUGUGGGCUGUUGCUAGAGAUGGUUCUGCCUUCUACCGGGGCUCAGUGUCUCCAAAGAAACCUGCAGGUGACUGUUGGUACCAUAUUCCUUCACCUCAAAAACAAAAGUUAAAACAAGUCUCAGUAGGACGAACAUCGGUGUUUGUGUUGGAUAAGAACGGCAACCUUUGGUACCGGCAAGGUAUCACACCAAGCUACCCUCAAGGAUCUACUUGGGAUUAUGUAUCAAAUAAUAUCCGCAAAAUGUCUGUUGGGCCCCUGGACCAGGUCUGGGUGAUAGCUGACAAAGUGCAAGGAAGUCACAGUUUGAGCUGUGGGACAGUGUGCCACCGCACUGGCGUUCAGCCAAUGGAGCCCAAAGGCCUCUCAUGGGACUACGGAAUUGGGGGUGGAUGGGAACACAUUACAGUCAGAGGAAAUGCAACUGAAGCAUGUAGGGUCGCUAUGCAAGACACUUCUGAAGAAAACUCUGCAGUAUCAAAGGACUUGGAAGAGAAUGAAAGUAAAGGGAGAGUGGUACCCUCCAAAACCCCUCUGAUGGUCAGUGAAAGACAAGACUUGGACAGAAGUGCAGUUAAUUGUUAAGUUGCCACUGUCUACGUUUUGCAAACAAGCAGCAGUAAAUAUAAUUUAAAAAGAAACUGAAUGUCCAUGUGAAUGUCCAUGACCUGGAGAGAAAAACAUGAUAGUUUUGUGCUACUUAUGUUUUACUGAACUGGAAUUUACAGUGGGGUAAUUUUAAUACUGAUUUCUUCGACUGUGUCGUGUGUAAAAUGUGACUUAAUAGAACUAAUAGUUUUGUCAAAACAGGCAAGCAUUAUAGCCACAAUGUAUUUCUGACCCUUUACUAUAGCUGCUACAAAACUAUACAAAUGUGAAUCUUUGCACAUGACCAUUACAUUUAUUUAAUUUUUGUAUUACAGUUCUCGUCCCUACAUUUCUCAUAUUCACAUUGUCUUCCAUGCUACACUUCAGAUUCAUAUUUGAGCAGAGAUACCGAUAUAACUGAAUUACAAGCAUUUCCAUGAUUUGCACUGCAAACAUCCAUACAUGCACGUAACUUUGUCCAUGUGAGCCCUGUUUACAUAAGCCUGUAGGUUUGGUCACGCUACGCUUGCUCAAAUCAGUAAAAUUAAAUUCUGUACAACUCACCUUAGGAUGCAGUUACCAGUAAGGGCCAAUUUUUGCUAUCUUGGCACUCAACAAAUACCUUAAGAAGAAUCACUGGUUUCAGCAAGACUAUGUAGAGAGCAUGGUCCUAUUCAGUCUUGGUUAGAGAGGCAAAGUCUCAUGCUAGAUUGUCAGGACAAACAGCAAUAGAUCAUGUUUAGUCUCCAUCUUAACUGGAACCCUAAUCACUAAGGUAUACAGAUACCUACCUUAUGAUGUUGGAAGGGACCAGAUGCUCGAGGAGUUAGACUGUGCACCAGGUAAUUGCAAAUUAUACUUUCGUAGCAUAAAAGAGAAGAGCAGGUCUUAAAUAAGAUUCUGGCUUCACAGUGGUAAGAAUUCAAAACAACCGUGCUGGUACCAGUGGAGUUUGUCACCAUAUACUUAUGCAGGUUCAGGAGCGGCUCUGCAUUUUGCUUUUAGCAAGCAAUUGAUUCAUUCCUUCUUCCAGCAAGAAACCACUUUUUUUUCCCCCAGAAAAGCAUUUUUCCUGUCUUUUACUUAUCUUAGUUAGACUGUGAUGUGAAAUUGUUUGAAAUCAUUAUUUGAAAUCCAGCCUGUGGAAGUGCUGAGAAAGCAUUCUCUCCCAAUAGCUUCAGGAAGGCACCACCUUUUCUCGCCGGGCAGCAGUUUACAAUCAUUUUCCCUCUGUAUGUGUGACUACAUAUGAAGUUAUUUUUAUACGAUAAGCAGUGUGGUGUGGUCUCAGUACUGUAUUUGUAGAAGUAAAGCUUAUGUUUGCACGUAUUUAAAGAAUAUAUUUGAUAUUUUAAUGCCAAGGAAAGCACUGUUUCGAAACCCAAAUGUGAAUGAAGAUGGAAGAUGCUUUACUGUUUAAAAAAAAAUCUGUUGAUCUUUCCAAUAUGUGAUUAUAGAUUUCUGUUUUAUACAUGCAUUGUGGAAAUACCAUAAAUAACGUUUUGCGUUAAUUACCAUAAACAGGUUUUGCGUAACUUGCACAGUAUCUUGUCCAAAUAGAUAACUUUAUCAUGUAUUUUUAGAGAAUUAUUAGGAUUGUAUUUUCUCUGCAGCAUAUCAAAAAAGGCUUUUUUCUUUAAUAGUGUCUACAUGGCCAACUAGCAAAACAAUUCCAUACCAUAAGCUUUAUAAUGUUCCUUUGCAUUUUCCCUGCACUGUCAAGUUUCACCUACUUUCCUGUAAAACACUGGCUUUAAGUGAACACAGGUAACUUAUGUUUGAAUAUUAAGUAUUUGCUUUUUGAAACUGUUGAUUAGAAAAUGGAUUAAUUUAAAAAGAUAAUAUUGUUAUGGCUAAUUAAAAACAGGAAAAGUGACUUUAAACUAAAACGAUUUUGAAAAA